AUGAACCGGGAGCAGCCGCGGGCGCGGCCAAUCAGCGCCCACAACCGCCUGACUGACGGGCGCCUCCGCCAAUCAGCGCCGCGCUUCCCUCCGCCGGCGUCCCGCCCCCUCCCCGCUGACAGUGACCAAUGGCGGCGCUCGGGGGGCGGGGCCGGGAGUUUCGCGUUCCCCGAGUGGGCGUACAAGGCGGAGUCGAGCCCCGGCUCGCGGCAGAUCCAGCUGUGGCACUUCAUCCUGGAGCUGCUGCGGCAGGAGCAGUACCGCGAGGUCAUCGCCUGGCAGGGCGACUACGGCGAGUUCGUCAUCAAGGACCCCGACGAGGUGGCGCGGCUCUGGGGGGUGCGCAAGUGCAAGCCCCACAUGAACUACGACAAGCUCAGCCGCGCCCUCAGGUAUUACUACAACAAGCGGAUCCUGCACAAGACCAAGGGCAAACGCUUCACCUACAAAUUCAACUUCAACAAACUCGUGCUGGUGAAUUAUCCCUUCAUCGACCUGGGGCUGGCAGGGGCCGCGGGGCCCCCGGGACCCCCCGAACCUCCCCCUGUGAUGUUUUAUUGGGUGAUGUUUUUAUCGGAGCCGUUUUUUGGGGCUGGGGGCGGAUUUUGA